GUUCCAUUUGGAAAAAUAACAGGGAUUUUUAAAUAUUAAAAACGCUACCACUUUUGCACUGACCAUCUAUACUAGGUCAUAUAAUACGUCAUUGGAAACCGCUCAAUUUUGUCUAAUGAAAUCACUUUCGUUUUUCUACUAGCUUAGGUAUGCUUACCCUAUAGCUUGUCCCAGUUGUAUGGGAUAUAUAUGAAAUAUCUAAUAUAUUAUAAAUAUACAGAAUAAUAUGUAUAUCACGAAAGUAUAAGUGUAUUUAUACAUAAAUUGAACAUAUCUGAUUGGUAAGAACCUAAGUUUAUUCUUCAAAAUAAACUUAGCCUUUCCUUAUCAUACGAUAGAUUUCUAUAAAAUUGUUUGAUAUACCUGCCUAUCGCUAUUGAAACAAAUAUAUUUUUCUCUUUUUCUUAUUUGAAUGUUAGAAUUCUACCAUUUUAUCGUUCUUUCUCCUUUAUCGAAUUCCUUUUUGUAUAAAUCUUCCGUUCCUUCGUAUUCCACAGACAAACGUGAAAUGAAUUUCCUUACUACAAAUUUCCAAUAUUCUGUGUUUUAGCAGAAAAUGUUGGACAUUGAAAAACAAAUUGGGUAAACUUUUUCUUUUCCUUUAAUCAUAUAUUUAUGGCUUCUAACUCUACAAGUUGCAACUUCGGUUAUACUUAUCUGUAUCCUUUGUUUUCCAUGAAUACUUUAUGGACACACGGCCAAUGCGCAAGAAGUAACAUCCGAGACGUUUCACAAAUAUUUUCAGCAUACAGUGUUCAGUCGUCUAUGCACAAACGGUUUUAACGCGAAUACUUUUCAUCGUAUCAUGCAGAAAUAAGAAGAACCGAAUAACAAACACUAAUAAUUUCUAAAACCAAACUUAUCACUUUAAACUUCGUUUAAAAUGAUACUUAGUAGAAGUAUCAGUCGUCCAGUAGUAAUUGGCCUACGAUUGAUCGGAAUUUGGCCAGGUUCAUCUUACGAAAUUAUUGUCCGAUGCAUUUGGGUAGUUAACAUGAUGUCUGCGCAAGUAUUUCAAUAUCGGUAUAUAAUAAAGCAUAUUAGUUUUGGAAACUUGGCAGACGUAGUAGACAGUGUGAGCACUACUUUGCCUUAUAGUCUACUCUUCUUUAAAAUAAUUAGCUUCUGGAUUAAACGCGGAAUAUUUAAAAACAUAUUGAUAGGAAUGUCUCGCGAUUGGAUCGACAAUUCUACCGCCAAACUUAACGUAGAUGUCAUGAUAAACAAAGCUGAACUUGCAUACCGUUGCUCAAACUUAAUUAUUGGCGUAUACGCUAGUGCCGUUUUUAUAUACGGCGGUAUGUUCCUGGAAUUCAGUCGUCAGGAUCAGGAUGACGGAUUUAAUAUAACAUCUCGACAAUUGUUAAUAAAAAUGGACCUACCGUUUGCAUAUUAUGAAAGUCCAAUCUACGAAUAUGUAUUUGUUGUACAAUUUCUUCAACUAUUAGCUACUGGAAUUAGCAUUGCUAUGUUAGAUGCUUUGAUAAUUACAUUGAUACUUCAUAUCGGCGGACAAAUAGAAAUGUUACACGAAGCUCUAGAAAAUAUUUCUAUCAAAGAUGAAAAACAUGGAUCGUUACGAAAUGUCAUUAAAUCUUUAACCGAUCAUCAUUACCGGAUUAUCCUUAAUUCGGAAUAUAUCGAAAAAUUAUUCUCGUAUAUUGCUUUGAUGCAAUUAUUAUGUAAUACAAUCGUCAUAUGUUGUAUAGGUUUCUUAAUAAUAGUUGCGGUUAAUUCAUACGGUGACAUAAAAGUACUUAUGAAAAUUUUCUUAUUUUAUAUCGCUAUUACGUUGGAAGCAUUUAUUUUUUCCUAUGCUGGUGAAUAUCUUAGUAAUAAAAGCCUGUCAGUUAGCAGUUCAGCUUACGGUUCUUCUUGGUACUUAUUAGAACCUAGAAAUAGACGUGUCGUGAUUCUUCUUAUGAUAAGAUCACAAAGAAGUUUAACGAUUACUGCUGGGAAAUUUAUGGAUUUGUCUAUGAUCGGCUUUGCAACUAUUUUAAAAGCAUCCGCAUCAUACGUAUCGGUAUUGUAUGCCAUGUACUGAUUACACAGGAGCUCAUCAUAAGAAAUAAAAUGAGUAUAUAAUAUAUGUAUCUACAUAUAUGUUAUAUAUACACAUAUAAUGGUAUAUAUAAUUAAAUAUAUAAAUGGACUGGAAUAUGAUAGCAAAUUCAUAUAUAAAAAUGUAUUAUUUAAAUAAAUACUAUAUCAUGUAAGGCAACAAAAUUUAGGUAUUGCAUAAUUAAACCUUAUAAAAUCAAUAUUCAUUAAUUGUACGAGGUGUUAAGAAAUUCUACGUAUGUCACGACUACUAUCAUAGGAUUCUACAAAUUAAAUAUUAAUAUAAAUUGGUUGAAUCGCAUUAUUGAAACAUUAGCAACAUUGUAAGUUAUCACAUUAAUUAGACGACAUGUUUGCGACUUUUUGGCUUUCAAUAUCUUCAUUGGUACAUUGUGCUUUAUUUUGAAGUAUCGUGAAUAUUACAGUUCACUUUAUCAAGGAAUUAUUAUUACCUUCUUCCACGUUUUUGGCUACCUAUGCACGUUUAUCGAACUUAAUCUGUCAGAUCUCCCUCUUGAAGAUCGGUUUUUCAGUCGUCCUUUGUAACAAAGAAUAUAAUAUUACACUUUCCAGUAUUAGUUUUCUAUACCAAACUUUUGCAUUUUCUUCAAGUUAUAAGAAACUUAAUUUAAUAUGCAGUUGCAUGUCGCGCAUUUGCUUCUGCACUUUUCCGUGGAAACCAGUAGUUGUAACAAAGUUGGAAUUAUAUUUUGAGCAACAUCCUCUUCUUCUGUCCCCUA